AUGACUCAUUAAUCAGAGAACGAUGAAAUCAAAAGGAUAUAUGAAGCCGAAGGAAAAAAUCAACUUAUUUAUGAUUAUACAACCAUGCAAGGAGGGAAUUACCAAUUUUGCUUUGAGGAUAAACUCGGCUUAUAUAGUGAGAUUUAUUUUGAAUAUUUAAUUGGAAUUGAAGCUAAUGAUAUGCAUGAGAUAGCUUAAAAAUCAGAUUUAGCUCUUGUAUAAGAAACCCUCAAUAAUAUUUAAGCAAAAUUAUAGUUUAUGAAAUAGUAGUUGAUUAUUUUCUCUUAGGUUAAAUUAGAGAACAUUUUUAGCUUAGAGAGCUUGUAUUAUCACAUUGUGUAAUAUGACCUAAUUGGAUUUACCAUCAUAGUGAUAUUGAUUUUUAUAGAAGUGUAGAUUUUGAAAAAGAAGAUAUUAAGAAAAAAAAUAUAAUGA